AUGGGGAGUAAAGUUUCUACAGAGAGUGAGAGGGGAGGCACUGUCUCUCCAACCAAACAACCACAACACAACAUUGAGAUAACAGAUAAGAGUUCAGCUCAUUUCUGUCAAAAAUUCAAAGUUAAGUCAUUCAGUAUUAAUCCCUUUGAUUCUUUGUUAAAGGAGCUGGAAAAGAAAAUCAUCACUUUUGUGAAAAGUGAACUGAAGAAGUUAGAGAAUGUGUUGAGUCCAAAUUACAGAGAAAGUUUCCAGAGAGAGAAAGAGGAUGAGACCAGUGCCAGAGAGGGAGUUCUGAAGAUCACACUGCACUUCCUGAGGAACAUGAACCACAAUGACCUUGCUGACACACUGGAGAAAAGUAAGACAUCUCUGAUGGUAACUUACCAAUGUGAACUGAAGUCAAAUCUGAAGAUGAGGUAUCAGAGAGUAUAUGAGGGAAUAGCAACACAAGGAAACCCCACACUCCUCAGUAAGAUCUACACAGAGCUCUACAUCACAGAGGGUGGAAGUGGAGAAGUCAAUAAUGAACAUGAGGUCAGACAGAUUGAGACUGCAUCCAGGAGACCAACAACAUCAGAGACACCAAUACAGUGCAAUGACAUCUUUAAAUCCUUACCUGGACAAGACAUACCCAUCAGAACUGUGCUGACAAAGGGAGUCGCUGGCAUUGGAAAAACCGUCUCUGUGCAGAAGUUCAUUCUGGACUGGGCUGAAGGAAAAGCUAAUCAGGGUAUCAAGUUCAUUUUUCCACUUCCUUUUCGGGAGCUGAAUUUGAAAGAGGGAGAACACAGUUUGAUGGAUAUUAUUCAUGAUUUUUUCCCAGAGACAAAGGGACUGACAUUCACCAACACUGACAAAUACAAAAUCAUGUUCAUAUUUGAUGGUUUAGAUGAAUGUCGAUUUCCUCUGGAUUUCCAGAAAAAUAAGAUUUUGACUAAUGUAACAGAAUCAAGUUCAGUGAAUGUUCUGUUGACAAACCUCAUUAAGGGGAAUUUACUUCCCUCUGCUCUCCUCUGGAUAACCUCCAGACCAGCAGCAGCCAAUCAAAUCCCUCCUGACUGUGUUGACCAGGUGACAGAGGUACGAGGGUUUAAUGACCCACAGAAGGAGGAGUAUUUCAGGAAGAGAAUCACUGAUCAGAAUCUGGCUAACAGUAUCAUAUCACACAUCAAGUCAUCAAGGAGCCUCUACAUCAUGUGUCACAUACCAGUCUUCUGUUGGAUUUCAGCCACUGUUCUAGAGAGAAUGUUGGGUGAGGCACAGAGUGGAGAGAUCCCAAAAACUCUGACUCAAAUGUACACACACUUCCUGAUCUUUCAGACCAAACAGAGGAAUCAGAAAUAUGAAGGACAUUAUGAAAUGGAUCCACAAUGGAAUAAAGAGAGCAUUCUGUCACUGGGAAAACUGGCUUUUCAACAGCUGGAGAAAGGCAACCUGAUCUUCUAUGAAGAAGACCUGAGAGAGUGUGGCAUUGAUGUGAGAGAGGCAUCAGUGUACUCAGGAGUCUGCACCCAGAUCUUUAGAGAGGAGUCUGGGCUGUUUUUUGGGACUGUGUACAGCUUUGUUCAUCUGAGCAUUCAGGAGUUUCUGGCAGCUUUAUAUACAUACAUGUCUCUCAGCAACAGCAACACCAAUGUUCUCAUCCAACAGCAAACAUCACUGGAUGAAUCUAAUGAAACAGUGACUGGAGAUGGAUCAAAUGAAACAGUGAGCAGUUUAUUGAAAAGUGCAGUGGACAAGGCCUUACAGAGUGAGAAUGGACACCUGGACCUUUUCCUCCGCUUCCUUCUGGGUCUCUCACUGGAAUCCAAUCACACUCUCUUACGAGGCCUACUUGCCUACAGAGGAGGCAGCUCCAACAGCAAAGAGGAAACACUGAAGUACAUUAAGAGCAAAUUCAGAGAGAAUCCCUCUCCAGAGAGAUCCAUCAAUCUGAUCCACUGUUUGAAUGAACUGAAUGACCAUUCUCUAGUGGAGGAGAUCCAAAGCUACCUGAGCUCAGGAAAUCUCUCCAGAGCUGAACUCUCUCCUGCUCAGUGGUCAGCUCUAGUCUUUGUAUUACUGACAUCAGAGGAGGAGCUGGAUGUGUUUGACCUGAAGAAGUUCAUGAGAUCAGAGGAGUGUCUUCUGAGGCUGCUGCCAGUGGUUAAAGUCUCCAGAACAGCUCUGCUUAAUAGUUGUAACCUAACAGAGAAAAGCUGUUCAGCUCUAGUCCCAGUUCUCAGCUCAGACUCCUCCAGUCUGAGAGAGCUGGACCUGAGUCACAAUAAUCUGCAGGAUUCAGGAGUGAAGGUGCUCUCUACUGGACUGGAGAAUCCUCACUGUAAACUGGAGACACUGAGGCUUAAUAGUUGUAACCUAACAGAGAAAAGCUGUUCAGAUCUAGUCCCAGUUCUCAGCUCAGGCUCCUCCAGUCUGAGAGAGCUGGACCUGAGUCAGAAUAAUCUGCAGGAUUCAGGAGUGAAGGUGAUCUCUGCUGGACUGGAGAAUCCUCACUGUAAACUGGAGACACUGAGACUUUCAGACUGCCGUAUAACUGAGGAAGGAUAUGCAGCUCUGGCUUCAGCUCUGAGAUCAAACCCCUCACACCUGACAGAGCUGGACCUCAGUGGGAAUGAUCCUGGAGACUCAGGAGUGGAGCUGCUCUCAGCUUUACUAGAGGAUCCACACUGUAAACUGCAGAAACUCAGGCUUAAUAGCUGUAACCUAACAGAGAAAAGCUGUUCAGAUCUAGUCCCAGUUCUCAGCUCAGACUCCUCCAGUCUGAGAGAGCUGGACCUGAGUAACAAUAAUCUGCAGGAUUCAGGAGUGAAGGUGAUCUCUACUGGACUGGAGAAUCCUCACUGUAAACUGGAGACACUGAGACUUUCAGACUGCAGUAUAACUGAGGAAGGAUAUGCAGCUCUGGCUUCUGCUCUGAGAUCAAACCCCUCACACCUGAGAGAGCUGGACCUCAAUGGGAAUGAUCCUGGAGACUCAGGAGUGGAGCUGCUCUCAGCUUUACUAGAGGAUCCACACUGCAAACUGCAGAAACUCAGACUUUCAGACUGCCGUAUAACUGAGGAAGGAUAUGCAGCUCUGGCUUCUGCUCUGAGAUCAAACCCCUCACACCUGAGAGAGCUGGACCUCAGUGGGAAUGAUCCUGGAGACUCAGGAGUGGAGCUGCUCUCAGCUUUACUAGAGGAUCCACUCUGUAAACUGCAGAAACUCAGGCUUAACAGUGGCAACCUAACAGAGAAAAGCUGUAUAGAUCUAUUCACAGUUCUCAACUCAGACUCCUCCAGUCUGAGAGAGCUGGACCUGAGUAUCAAUAAUCUGCAGGAUUCAGGGGUGAAGGUGAUCUCUACUGGACUGGAGAAUCCUCACUGUAAACUGGAGACACUGAGACUCUCAGACUGCAGUAUAACUGAAGAAGGAUAUGCAGCUCUGGCUUCUGCUCUGAGAUCAAACCCCUCACACCUGAGAGAGCUGGACCUCAGUGGGAAUGAUCCUGGAGACACAGGAGUGGAGCUGCUCUCAGUUUUACUAGAGGAUCCACACUGUAAACUGCAGAAACUCAGUCUAUGGAACUGUAAUAUAACGGAGAAAGGCUGUGCUGCUCUGGCUUCAGCUCUGAGAUCAAACCCCUCACACCUGAGAGAACUGGAUCUGAGUUGGAAUAAACCAGGAGACUCAGGAGUGAAGUGUCUAUCUGCUUUACUGGAGGAUCCACAGUGUAAACUGAAGAAACUGGAUCUGUGUGACUGCAAUAUAACAGAGGAAGGCUGUGCCGCUCUGGCUUCAGCUCUGAGAUCAAACCCCUCACACCUGAGAGAACUGAAUCUGAGAUGGAAUAAACCAGGAGACUCAGGAGUGAAGUGUCUGUCUGCUUUACUGGAGGAUCCACAGUGUAAACUGGAGAAACUGGAGUGA